AUGUCUCAGUUAUAUUUAAUUUGUAUACUUUUAUGUGGUAUUGGAUACAUUGGCAGUUGUGUAGAUAUUGAGGACAUCGGUGCUAAUUCAAAUGAACUGGAAGAGUCUACCCCUUUAAAGUGGUUAAAGGGAGCACAGAAUAUAUUUGCAAGUCCCACUGGUCACGUUGUAGUCCAAGUUGCAAAAGAAUUAAUAAAUCGAUCGGCCGGAAACAGUCAAGUUUUAAGUCUAAACUUGACAAAUUUGUUUAUUAUCUUGCUUCUUAAAGUUCUAAUUUUUUCGGCCGGUUUACUGGGAGCUGGUCACUGGAGUAAUUAUGGUUACGCUCGUUCAAGCGAUAGCGGAUUUACAUUUUUUCUUAAUGAUGACGAAGCCUAUUUGAUUACUGGAUUUCUAGCAGCACAGAGUGGUAUUGAUGAUUGUUUGUAUGCAGCAGCUUGUGCAGCCCCUAAUGUGGCUUACGAAUAUGCAAAAGCGGCUAAGGCUUUAGUAGACAGCAUUUCUAAAUAUAAUGGAUUCGAAUUUACGAAUACUCGAUAUAUAGAAUUAAUAGUUUUGGUUGAAGAAGCUGCUUACAAUGGAUAUCGCGGAAUUCCCUGUAACACAACAACGACAUGUGAUGGUUUAUAUUAAUUCAGUACUAUAGGGUAUUUUAAUAUUUAUGUGAUUCCAAUUGUUCCUUUUUAUCAUUAAAAAACAUCUGAGUACUUAAUAUACAAUAUGCAAACAUCUAACAACUCAAAAAACAUAGUUUCAGUAAAAAUAUUUGAAAAAAUGCAUGUAAUUUUGCUAUUGUGUUUUUUUUUUUAAUAAUUUUUGUGUUUAAUAAUUGAUCGA